UGCGCAAUAGCAAGUUUAAUAAAAGAGGGCAGCUUUGAGCCAGCUUGGAAAAUAAAGAAUAGAGAGUAUGAAGAAAUGGAAUUAAUAGAAAAGAAAAGAAAAAGGGAAGAGUAUGAAAAGCACGAUAUACAAUUUUUAUUAUCAGAUAAAAAACAAGAAAAUAGAUCAUUACCAUUGGGUCAUAUAAAUAACCCAAUAGAUGUAAUAGAUGAAGAAGAUUUCAAACAACAACAACUACAAUUACAACAACAACAACAACAACAACAACAACAACAACAACCACAACAACAACAACCACAACCACAUCAACAGUACCAACAACCACAACAAGAAAAGAAAUUAAGACCAUCUUUUUCAUCAUCAUCAUUUUCAAAUCCUUCAUCACCACCAACUACACCAUCUACUCCACCAACACCAUCAAUUUCAAUAUCAUCUUCAUCAGUUUGCCUUUCAUCACCAUCCAUAUCAUCACCAUCCAUUUGUAUUUCAUCACCAUCAAAAUCAUCAUCAUCUUUAUCUGCAUUCAAUACAUUACCACAAAAUAUUGUUAUUCUUGGUAGUUCUUCGUCACCAUCAUUACCAUCAUCUUCUUAUUCCCCAUUAUCACCAUCAUUACCAUCAUCACCUUAUUCACCAUCAUUAUCAUCAUUAUCAUCUUUAUCAUCAUUAUCAUCAAAUAUUUUAAAAAAAAGCACCAAUAACACAAACAACAAUAGCAAUAAUAGUUGUAAUGUAAAUAGUCAUAAUGUAAAUAAUUUAACAAAUAUAACAAAUAAUAGUUUUAAUAGAUAUAGUGGUAAUAGUUAUAAUAGUUAUAUAAAUAAUAGUAUUGGCCAUAAUAACAAUAUAAAUAAUAAUAGUAAUAAUAGUAGUAAUAUUAAUAAUUAUAAUAGUAGUAAUAGUAAUAAUAAUAAUAAUAAUAAUAAUAAUAAUAAUAAUAAUAAAAGAAAUGAUAAAUUUUUAAAGAUUUGGGAAAUUGAACAAAUUAGAAAUAGAAUUAUAUAUCAUGUUAGAUUAUAUAGAAAAUAUUCAAAAAUAGUUAUAAAUUCAAAUAUAAUGGGAUCUGUUUUAUUUGAUAAUUCAAUUAGAACCUAUAUAAAUACAUUAGUUUUUUCAAGUAGUGGUAAUAUUAGUUCGACUAUCCAAUUAGUUAAAGGUAUUAUUCCUUCUUCAGUUACAGAAUUAGAUCUUGGUGGUUAUAAUAAUCCUUUAGAACUUGGAUCUAUCCCAGAUUCUGUUACUAAGCUUACAUUUGAAAAGUAUAAUCAUUCACUUUUCCCAGGAUGUAUACCAAAUAGUGUAGUUAUUUUAGAGCUUAAUAAAUUUAACCAGCCACUUUCAACUAAUGUAAUUCCAUCAUCAGUAUCAAAACUUAAAAUGACCAAUUUCAAUCACUCUUUAGAAUGUGGAUUUUUACCAAGUUCAAUCAAAGAGUUAAUAUUACCAGCAUUUAAUAAACCAAUUAAGACCUCUACUUUUUAUCUUCCAACUUCAGUCGCAUACCUUUCAUUACCAAGUCUUUUCCACCCAAUCCCAAAGGGUUUCCUACCAUCAUCCCUUCAUAAACUCGAAUUUUCAUCAAAAUAUUUUGACCCAAACCUUGAAGAAUUCUUACCAGAAUCAGUUACUUCAUUACAAUUAGGUAAAUUACCAACUCGCAGUCGUAUUCCAUUGUCAGUAAAAUAUUUUCAAUUUGAUAGCUUUUUUAAUGAACCACUUUUAAUUGGCAGUUUACCAAAGUCAUUAACAUCACUCAAGUUGGGUGAUUCUUUUAACCAGCCAAUUUCAGUUGGUGUUAUACCAUCAUCUAUUCUUCAUUUAGAGUUUGGACGUGCAUUUGACCAACCAAUAACUACUGGUGUUAUUCCACGUUCUAUUAUGUAUUUACAUUUUUCUGAAAACUUUAACCAACCAAUUGCAGUCGGCACUUUACCAAAUUCAAUUACUUCACUUACAUUUGGAACUCAUUUUAAUCAACCAAUCCUCGACAAUUCAUUCCCAAACUCUAUUAAAAUAUUAAAAUUUGGAGCUCGUUUCAAUCAAACUAUUAAUCAGCAAUCAUUACCAUCAAAUUUAGAGUAUCUCGAUUUUGGCGCAAAAUUUAAUAAACCAUUGACAUCCAUUUCUAUUCCAUAUAGCGUAACCAGUUUAAAGUUUGGUAAUAAGUUUAAUCAAGUGCUCAAACCAGGUCAUAUUCCAGGUGCUGUUAAAGUACUCGAAUUUGAUGCAUUUUAUAAUAGAGCAUUACCAAAAGGUGUUUUACCAGAAAGUUUAACCCAUUUAACAAUUUCAAAACAAUACAAAAAAUCCGAUCAAAAUCCAAAUCCGCUACUUUUAGAGGUUUCAAAGAGAGUCAAAAUUAAAUUUAUUUAA